AUUUCACACUCCUGGUCGGUAGGUGGUGAUAUUUUCAGUGUUAUUAUUCUCCCUCGGUGCUUUUGCACAACAUAUUAUUCAAUAUGGCGGCCCCCAGGAUAGCAUGUUUGGGGUUAAAUGUCCUCUAUUCUACUCUGUACGCUCCAAAGCAGGCGCUGAGGAGCUGCUGGGUGGCGGUGGAGCAGGUGAGGGGCUACUACGUUGACUGGAGGAUGCUGAGGGACGUCAAGAGACGACAGAUGGCCUUUGAUUAUGCUGAUGACAGGCUUCGGAUCAAUGCACUGAGGAAGAACACCAUCCUGCCCAAAGAACUUAAGGAUGAGGCAGAUAAAGAAAUUGCAACAUUACCCAGGGACAGCUGCCCUGUGAGAAUACGCAACAGGUGUGUGAUGACUUCUAGACCUCGGGGAGUGAAGCGGAGGUGGAGACUGAGCCGGAUAAUGCUCCGUCAUUUAGCUGACCACAACCAGAUGUCUGGGAUUCUGAGGGCAAGGUGGUGACCAUCGGUCCAUUGGACAUUGCAGUUGGAUUGAACCAUGAAAAGAUCAGAAGAGCAGGACAUUUACAUUUGUUACAGAUCUGUUUUGGCUAUUUGGUGUCCAGUAGUUUUGACUGUAAUGAAAGAGUUAAACAACUACUCAAGCUUGGAAAAUAUUAACGUUUAACAUCCUGAAAAUAUAAAUAUGUCUUCUGUCAAUUAUGUUUAUCUGCAUCAGUUAGUUGCUUUUCUUUUCCUAUGAAAAACAACAAAAUGCGCAAUGUUUCAAGAGAAAAUGGUAAUGUGACUCUUCAUUUGAGAAAAUGUCCAUGUAAAUUGCUGUGCUCAGAAAUGGAUGAAUAAAUAUUGUACAUUAUGAA